AUGGGAGUAAAGGGAUUCGAAAUUGGUUCACAUGUCGGCGAGAAAAACCUCGAUCACAAAGAUUUCGAUCCACUUUACAAGACGUGUCAAGAUUUGGGAGUAGCACUCUUUGUGCACCCGUGGGAUAUGCACAUGUGGGGCGGUCGAUUGCAGAAGUACUGGAUGCCAUGGCUAGUCGGAAUGCCAUCCGAGACAGCGCAAGCGAUUUGUUGCGUGUUGAUGGGCGGCGUUUUAGAGCGUUUUCCAAGGCUUCGGCUCUGUUUCGCGCACGGUGGCGGUGCAUAUCCGCAAAUCCGAGGACGAGUGGCACAUGGUUACAACGUUCGACCGGAUCUUUGCGCAACUGAUUGCAAGACUGCGCCGACAGAGUUGGAUGGACUUUUGUGGGCGGACUCUCUCGUGCACGAUCCACACGCACUCGAGCUUCUCAUUUCAAUUGUUGGCAAGGAAAAAAUUUGCCUUGGCACUGAUUACCCGUUCCCACUCGGUGAGCUACAAAUUGGAAAAAUUGCCGAAGAUUGUGUUUCUUUGAGCGAUAAUGAUCGAGAUGAACUUCUUUGGGGAAAUGCCGUAAAACUCUUCGAUUUAGAAGAGCAAAAGCUUUUCAAGAUGGGAUUU